GUCAGCGUCAAACGAAAAAUCAUUCAGAAUCUAUUUCCAUAUUUACAUUCCGCUUGCGUUCGCGAUCGCGAUCGCGACUCAUUUGGCAAGCAUUCAGUGCGCGCGGUGGAACGAGAACGGGAACGAGAACGGGAACGGGAACGUAAACGGGUAGAGGAACGGGAACGGGAGCGGGUGCGGGUGCGGCGACCUGCUGGUCGUGAUAAAAGUGCUGCGCCAGCGUUCAUGGGGCAUGGAAAUGAAUCAUUCGACUCGGCCCGACUCGUCCCCUCCCGCGCUAAGAGAGUGCGAGCGCCAAUCAUAAAUAAAUAAAUAAUGUGUCCAGCCAGCAAAAGCUAAACGAAACGAUAAGCGUAGCAGGCACAUUUAGCACACUCUCCGGACUCGCGUUUUAGUCAAUUAAACACCGUUUAUACCACAAAUGUGCCAAAGUAAUUGCAGUCCGCGUCCUCGUCGUCAUCGUCGCUGUUGCAGUUGCAGUUGCAGUUGCAGUUGCAGUUGCGCGUAGGCUGGCAUAAGUGUGGCCAACGACGAGAGCACUUUAGUUUUGUUUUUUUUAUGUGACUGCGUGUGCGUGUGUGUGUGUGUGUGCGGUGCACAGGUUGAACAAUUUUGUGUUAAAUGUGGGCCAACCGCGACACAAAUUUCGCAUAAUUGCAUAGAAAUUUACAGUUGUCGAGCGACAAAAACGAAAGUUUGCUUUUAGUCUUUGGCCAUGGAGCAGGCUGGCGCGCAGACACGUCCCGUGCCGGCGCCGCGUCGCCUCUACCCGGAGGUGCGGGUCGCCAACUACGAGAACAUCGAUAUCAAUGUGGGCAGCGGUAGCACCAGUGCCAACAAUCACAACUGCAAUAACAACAACCAUAACAACAACAAAAAGCUAAAUAUCAACGCAGAGAAUCUGCACGACAGCUGUGCGGAGAAGAAGCUGCCGGCCAGCAGCCACAGCAAGCUCAUACUGCAGGAGCACAACGUGGAGCAGCCGAUUUACGGACCAGAUGCAAAUGAGAAUGUGCCCGCCGAGCCUUUAUACGCUACGCCCAAGCCGGCGCCCAGGCAGCGAGCCCUUGCCGAGCUAUUGCUGGAGGACGAGCACGUUGGAGAGGCGGAGGGAAAGGAAAAAGAUCAGCCAGCGAUAGCAUCGCCCAAGGCGAUGCGUGCAGCCCCGCAGGUGCCAUCGAAGCCGCUUAACAUAGAGGCGGAUCGGCGACGGGCCGAGCGCUACUCCAUCUCCAGCGAGCUCUCCACAACGAGCAUCAGCGGCGGCGGCGGCGGCGUCAGUGGUGCCAAUGGGCAGCCAGAGAAUGAUUCGCGGUACACCUCCAAUGCGUCGCUUGACUGCAGCGAGAGCUCACAGAGCGGCAAGUUCAAGUCGCCGUCACCCGGGUACGUAGACGAGGGCAACGCAGAGCAGGCGGAUGAAAAUCAUCAAGAUCAUGGGCGAGAUCUUGAGGGCGAUUCCGAUACGGAAACAGAAACAGAUACAGAAACGGAGGCGGAGGCGGAGGCGGAACGCGCCGCCUCGUCCGAUCAGUCGGAGCUAUCCGCGAGCUGUGACGAUGACAAGAAUUUGUUGCGCUCGUUGGGCAACACCUCGAAGCUACUCGGCGAGGCGAUUGGCGAGCGUGUGGCCUUCAAGGCCAAGGUCGCCAAGAAGCGUCUGGACAAGAAUCUGAAGAGCUCCACGGAGGCGUUAAGCAGCCUUAGCGCGGACGCCAGCAGCCGGCUGAGGCACGCCAGCAAACGUUUCGGCUCGAACUUUACGCUGGGCCGGCGGGACAAGACAACGGAAGCAGGCAACUUAUCCGAGCUGGAGCAACAAAUGGAGCUGGAGCGACGCCGCACCAUGCCCAACACGGACGUCUUUAAUACGAUACAGUUCAGCAGUCCGCUGCAUCGAAACGCUGCUGGUGGCGGCCACACGGAUCUCAGCGGCGGCAGCAACACGAAAACGCUGCCGGAGCUGCACAACGAGCUUGACUACGAGGUGCCCAGGCCGAAGCCGAAGCCCAAGGUCAAGGCCAAGCCGCCCAGCUACGAUGAAGCGCUGCGUUCGCGCCCAGCGCCACCGUUGCCGCUGGCUAAGAAUCUAGCGCAGGAGGCGGCACAGCUGGUGCAGCUGCGCAAUCAUCAGCCGCAGCCACAACGCCAGUCAAGCAGCGGCGAGUCGACCGGCGAGGAGCUGCCCAUGCCCAGCUUUCCUCCACCGCGUCUGUCGCAGCAGUUGGACGUAGUGCAGCCGCCGGCGCGCCAUAAGCGCCGCAAGAACUACGAGAACAUCCAGCUGCGUCGCCCCAAUGUGGACUCAGCGGAACUGCAGGAGCUCAAUCGUGCCGCAGCUGCUGCCGAGCGCGAAGAAUCACUGCUAAUCACUGCCAACAUUGCAGCCGAGGAAGCCCGCGCGCCCAAGCCCGAGCGUAGCGACUCCUGGCACUUCUAUGGCGAGGCAGCAGAGCCCGAGGCGGAGCCGGAGCCGGAGGCGGACUGUGAAUCAUGCUCCUCGCCAGAGCCACUGUACGCCAACCAAGAGGCCACCUACGGCAAGCUGUUCGAGAUGGCCACGAGCAGCACCAGUCGCGGCAAGCUGCUGACACCGCAGCUGGAGCUGGCGUGCAUCAGUGAGGAUGGGGAGCUGGACAGCAACGAUGGUGCCGUGGGCGGCUGGUCGGCGCCGCCGCCACCGCCGCCGGAACUGAUUGAGGAGUUCGAUCCGCUGAUGGGCAAAUGCUCGACACUGGCUCGCUCCAACAAGAGCAACGAGCUGCUGCUGCUCGAACAUCUUCUUGAGGAGGACACCUAUGGCACCAUCAAGCGCGAACAGGACGAUGUCAGCAUGUGCACCUCCGAGGAGGAUGGCCGCAACGAAGCACCCGUAGCCAAUGUCAGCUCCGCGUCCACUGCCACAGCCACAGCCACUGCCAUCGGAUCAGCAGCAGUUGGAGCAGCAUCUAGUGCGCGCAAUCAACCGCAGAUUGUUCAUCAGAAUGCGCAGCUGCUCAGCGAUAGCAUGGAGAACAUGCUGGAUGACACGGACACUCUCGAGCUGGACACUCUCGAGCUACGCGCCCGGCCCUAUCUCAGUCGCCUGGAGGAGAAGCCGGCUACAAGUGCGGUAAAUGUUGAUCUGGCGGCGCCAUCGCGCAAUCGCACCAAUUGGUUUGUGGGCGACAAGACGCACAUUGAGGGCGACAGUCCGCCCACCUAUUUAGAGGCCAUUGGUGGCGAUGGACAGCCGUUGUCGGCAUCGGCAACCAAUGCCAGCGGCUCCGAAUCAAAGAACACGCUGGGCUCUCGCUUCCGGCAGACGAUGAACGCCUUCUCUAAUGUGAAGCUGCGCAUGGAUGCGAUGAAGCGACGGGCGAGCUUCAAGGGCGCCAGUCAGCGGCAGUCGGAUGUAAAGGUGGCCCUGCAGAUGGUGCCGCGGCCGAGUCUAUCGCCGUUGCUGGUGCGCUACGAGGGGCCAUUGGUGCGCUUCCCGUCGGGCGUCGUCGAGGAUAUACUGAAGGAGAUGCAGAACCGCAAGGCCAUAUUGCGGGAUCGACAGUUUCAGACGUACCUUGACCAGGAGAUGAAAACGCCCAAGGAGCUAAUCCCACUGGACACCAUCACGACGCUGCAGUGCGUCAGCAACAGCCGCGUCACAGACAGCGCCACCCAUUUCUACUGCUUCGAAUUGACCACGUCGCAGCCAAAGAACGGAACUGGCGCCGCCGAUGGCAUGACCUCCAAUCCCAAUCUGCUGAUGACAAGCAAUGCCUGCGGCAAUGUGAAGCAGCUGCGUGUCGCCCAUCUCUAUGGCGUCGGCAAGGAGUCCGAACGCGGCGUCUGGAUGCAAAAGAUUCUCGAGAGCCUCACGAACAGUGUGCCCGUGAAAUACACCUGCCACUAUUAUCGCGCCGGCUGGUGCUACCUAAAGAAUUCAAUCACCUCCGAUUGGAGCGGCACGUGGCUGGUGCUGCGCAAGAGCCAGCGGCGCCUCAUCUUUGUCAGCGAGGCCAAUGGCAACGUCGAGAAAAUGGAUCUGAGAAAGGCGCGCUGCAUCGUUCUAAAGGAGAGCGACGAGUCCAUUGAUAAUCUGCACGUGGAGAGCGGACCAAUGCUGAUGAUCGACUGUCCGCCGUAUGCCGUCUACAUGAUAAUGAGCUCGGCGCGCGAGACAAAGAUCUGGCGUCACAUCAUCAGGGAGGUGGCGCACAAUAACGGCUUCUCGCUGGGCGAUCAGCAGCUCACGCGCUACGACGUGCCCGUGAUUGUUGAUAAGUGCAUCAAUUUUGUGUACAUUCAUGGCUCCAUGUCGGAGGGCAUUUACCGCAAGUCCGGCUCGGAGAAUUCCAUGCACAAGCUGAUGAGCGCCUUCCGGGCGGACGCGUUCAACGUGGAGAUCACGCGCAACGAGUACAAUGAGCACGACGUGGCCAACGUGCUGAAGCGCUUCAUGCGCGAUCUGCCGGAAAGAUUGCUGGGCAAACUGACCGACAGCUUUGUGUUUGUCACCGAGCUGGCGGUGGCCUCCGAGAAGAUACCCAUCUAUAGGGAGCUGCUCGCCCGGCUCAGCACCAUUGAGCACGAGACGCUGCGUCGCAUUGUCGGCCAUUUGGUGUUCAUCAGCUCGCAGCAGGCCAAGAACAAGAUGAGCGUACAGAACCUCACCAUGAUAUGGGGCCCAACGCUGCUCGCCAAGAAGUGCGACGAGCUCAUCUACUCACAGAAAGAGGCCGAUGUGCUCAGCGAUCUGAUCGUGCUCUACAAGAAUCUGUUUCCCUGCAGCGCCGACGAAAUGAAAAAGGAACAGGCGAUGCUGAUGUGCCUGCAAAAGUACUAUGCAGCCGCCGAGACACUGAAGGAUGCUGUAAAACAAUCGGGCGACAUCAAAAUCUGGAUCAGUCUCAAUCCCAAUCCAGAUAAUACCACUGAGGAGAAGACGCAAGUUAAUGCCACAAUUUCACCCACAAAGACCGCCUAUGAGCUGUGCCGCGAGUACUCGGCAAAGAUGUGCCUGCCGACGCAUCAGUUGACACUGUACGAGGUUAUACUUAAUGACAGCCUGGAACGGCCCCUGCACCACGACGCCAAGGUGUUCGACGUCAUAUUGAACUGGUCCUACUGGCCGGAGGAGGAUCGCAAGCACAACUAUCUGGUGGUGCGACCCAUCGAGAUGCUGCGCGAGGUGCAGCGCGCUGUCAAGAAUCUGGCGACAGUGACGCCUGGCAAAGAGUUACGCUUCGCUGACUACCGCACCAAAUCGUUCAAAACGCUGCAGUGCGAGCUGCGCGAUGGCAAAAUAGUUGUCUCCAAGAAGGACAAGAACGACAAGACGACUAUUGUACGGGAGAUCUUUCUCCAUAGCUCCACAGCGUAUUUGGGCUGUGAGCGGAAACGUGACUUCCCCUGGAGCUGGGCCAUCACAUUCGUUGAGCGUACCCAGGCGCAAAUUAUGAGAUCACGUGAUGCACCCUUCAUUGGGCACGUGCUGGCGGGCAGCGAGUGGGUCGAUCGCACCAUUUGGUAUUCGAGCAUCUGGUAUUGUCUACAUGGCGAUAACAUUUUGCCACCCGCCGAGAUUAUCAUCAAGUGAAGAGCGACAUCAACUGAAUAGCCAAACAUCCACUUGUUUGUCAAUUUAUUCUGCCUGCAUUAGCAUUUAAUUUAUAUUCAAUCAUGAUCGCAAUUUUUAUCUGUUAAAGACAUUCUACAUAUGUGUGUAUAGCAUACUUUUUGCCGCAGACUCGAUUUAGAUGUCACGGCUUUCGUUUUUUAGCUGAACUAAUAUGCUAUCCGAAAAGUAUGCAAUAUAUAUAUAUAUAUAUAUAUA